AUGGAGUCUGCCUGCCAGGGAAGACCCGUCCUCAGCGUCGCUUUCUCCCGUAGCGCCUCGGCGCUGAUCGUCCCUAGCGCUGGAGGCGUUCCCUCCCUCAAGUGCCGCUACAUCACCUGCGGACAAGACGACGAGAUGACGACGCCGGCAUUGCGAACAGACCUCGACUACAAACAAUUUCUGCGCAUAACGCCUUGA